AUGAGGUCGGUGCGCCAACGAGUGCACGCCAUCGCAUGGCUGCUCUUCGUAUGGCUCGCCACCACGACCACCACCACCUCGACCACGAUCCCAGCCCAGGUCGCGGCCGUGGCGUCGCACCGCGAGACUCGUGAUCCGCGGUCCGCCUUCGCAGGGCCAUCAUCCCGCGACGAGGCAGGAACAGUCGUCGCAUCGGCCGCAGACCUCAACAACAUCGCGACCGUCGAUCUAGCCGAGGCCAGCCCGUCGCCGUUCGUACCCGUGCCAGCUUCGAUCCUGCGCAAGGGCGUGCUCGGCCAUCGCGCUUCGGUCGUCGAGUCGUUCCGGUUCAGCGCACCCCCCUUUGUGGGCCGCAACACCGCAACCUCGGCCACCGAUUCCAAGGGGAGCUCACCUCCACCACCCGAGACCUCGUUCGAGCCCUCGGUUGAUGACAUGACCUUGUCGCCGAUCGUGCUCGUCGUCACCGUCGACGGCCAUGUUCACGCGCUCAAGCGCGAUUCCGGCGACUGGUUGUGGACUCUGCACGAUGAUUCAGGUCAUGCCGUCGGCGGGAAAGGCGCCAAGGAUGUACCGUUCGGCAGUCCCCUCGUUUCGACUCGCAAGGGAAGACCACCGACCGCGAUGAUGCCAUCCAGGAGGGGCAACUCGUCCCUUUCGCCUGAUCCGACCUCGGCAGCUGGAGAAACGCAGACUCGAGCUCGGGCCCCUUCCUCCGCAGGAGGCGAGUCAUUCGACCCCUUGGACGACGAGUUGUACGUCAUUGAACCCACCGCCGGUGGUCAGAUCUACCUCUACGAUCGAAGUCAAAAGGACGCUGGUGGGGUCAAGCUCGAGAAAUUGCCGCUGUCGAUGCAGGAGCUCGUCGCGCUCUCGCCGUUCACUUUCCCCUCGGACUCGUCGCGCAUGUUCAUGGGCGGAUCCGACAGCAAGAUCGUCGCCGUCGACCUUCGUUUGGGACGCUUGGUCGGUGUCUUUGGUUCCGGAGGCGCGGCGUGGUGCGAGUGGGACCCGACCAAGGUCGGCGUCAAGCCGGAUUCGGAAUGCGACGAUGAGAUUUCAAGACGGCCCCAGGAUUUGCUUUACAUGGGUCGAACAGGUGGGUCUGAGGAGCCGCAGAGAUUGCUUUGUUAUUGUAUACUGACGUCAGGGUCUUCGAUGGUGAUACACAGAAUACACGUUGUCGAUCUAUUCAAAGACGUCCUCCGUCCCGAUCCAGACGCUCACUUACACGACUUAUACGUCCUCGGCGCUCGGCAUCGCCCUCCAAUCACAAUGGACCCACACGCCCGACGGUCUCUACCUGCAACCGAUGCACGAUGGAUCGCUCGUCUGCUUCAAGGUCGGCGAACCCGGUAUCAAGUGGUCCGUCGCGUUCGACGCACCCGCGGUUUCGGUCUUUGACAUCGCCCUCCCGGCCGCAUCGCCCGAGAACAGCGACGAACCCAACCGAGAGUUCGACGCGCCGCUCAUGUUCGAGCAACCGCACCCUCUCGUCGUCGACGGCCUACCCCUCGACUUCCGUCGGUGGUCACAAUUGCCCGACACGACGUACGUCGGUCGCGUCGGCGACGGCUUGUUCGCAAUGAGCCGGGACCGCUACCCUUUGACGACCUUAUCGCCCUGGGGUGCACUCGACGGGUCGACUCCGUAUCGCGAGACGCUUGAACCUGGGCAAGAUGGUGAAGAAGCUCCGGAGGGAGACACGGGGCCCCAGCAGCCCGUGUGCCAAGGUCUCGACUGCCUCAUUGGACGCUAUCCCGUUCUCGAAUCGCAUAUUGCCCCUGUCGGCCCCGACAGUGCUAUCGACCCGCCCACUAGUCGACUGCUCAUCGAUGGGCCGAGGCAAACGGGACCGUCCGUACCGAUCAUUCCCAAUCGACCCUCCCCGCUACCCCAUAGUCGAUCGUCGGUCUUUGGCCAGGUUCUUGCCCCGUUCACAGGUGGAGAGAGCAAUGGCGUCGUCGUGAUUCUCUUGCUCGCGAUCUUGGGCUACUUCUACGCCAGGAAAGCCUCGGGCCGAUCGUCGAAUGGUCUAGCCGACACGGUCAACACGCUCAUGCAGCGCAUCCGACCGAACCCCGCUGUCGUCGAGUCGGCACCCAACAAAACGCGCACGGCGACCUCUUCAUCGAAGCAAAAGCCUCCCAAGUCAUCCUCCGACGCGGUAGAGGUACUCCCCCCCUCUCCCGUUCCCAUCCUCUCCGCCGAGGAGCUGUCCAAGGCGCUCCUUCCCGCCAUCACCCUCUCACCGCCGAUAGGAGUGAGCGACACAGCUCACACUCGAGGCACGUCCCUUUCCUCGCCGAACUUGGUCUCGACCAAAGACCUGCCCCCCUUGCCACCCCCAGACGAUGAUGGGGAGGGGGAAGCUAACGACUCGGACGGGAAGGACGAAGUCGAAGGUACGCCGCGGAAAAAGAGUCGACGGCGGAGAGGGAAGAAGCAUAAGAAAACGGCGAUAGGGGAAGUGAACGCGUUGGGGGUAUCGUCCAUCUCCAAGGGAACGAGUUUGGAGACCUUGUUGGUGGGUGAGGUCGGCGGGGUUGGCUCACAGGAUUUGGGCGCGAUCACGCUCUCGGAGGUGGAAGUGAAGGAGGAGAAUGGAGAGGAGGCGGACAAGACGGUGAAGAGUGUUGGGCCGCAUUCGGUGGGAGGGUUGAACGUAUCGGACACCAUUCUGGGUCCGUCAGAUCUUUUGCUGGAUCCGAUGUCCCUGAUGGGAGCUUACUGACGCGUAUUUGCUGACCUUGGCCAUGCAGGCUAUGGAUCCCACGGUACGGUUGUGUUGCGAGGAGAGUUCCAGGGGCGGGCAGUAGCCGUCAAGCGUCUGCUUAAGGACUUUGUCACCAUCGCGACGCACGAGGUCGCGCUACUGCAAGAGUCUGAUGACCACCCCCACGUCAUCCGGUACUACUGCAAGGAGCAUCGCGACACGUUCCUCUAUAUUGCACUCGAGCUGUGCCCCGCAUCGCUGUUCGACCUGAUCGACCAGCCGUCUUCGUUCCCCGAGCUCGUACCGCUCUUGGACCAGAAGCGAGCCCUGCGGCAGAUCACGAGCGGUAUUCGACACUUGCACAAGCUCAAGAUCGUGCAUCGCGACAUCAAGCCGCAAAACAUUCUCGUCUCGACGUCGAAGCACCACGGCGGACUGAGGAUGCUCAUAUCGGAUUUCGGUCUGUGCAAGAAGCUCGAUGUCGACGAGAGCUCGUUCCAGCAAACGAUGAACCAUGCCGCCGGCUCCUUUGGUUACCGAGCACCCGAGGUGCUGCGAGGUCUGGUCGAUCCUGAGCAAGAAUCGGUCUCGAGUACACCUUCGAGCAGUACGCAGAACUCGCCGUCGAGGAAUCGAGGGAGCAGCAGCAGCAGUUCGGCGGGUCUUUUGACGGAUCCGAGCAUGCGGUUGACGAGGUCGAUCGACAUCUUCUCGUUGGGUUGCAUCGUCUACUACGUCUUGACGGGUGGCGAGCACCCCUUUGGUGGUCGUUAUGAGCGCGAGAUGAACAUCCUCCUGGGCAAGAUUUCGCUCGAGCGAUUGGAUGGGCUCGGUGAAGAAGCGAUCGAAGUUCAAGACCUUAUCACACGGAUGGUCGCCACCGAUCCGCGCGAACGACCCACCGCCGAAGCCGUGUUGUUGCACCCCUUUUUCUGGAACGCGCAAAAGCGACUCUUGUUCAUCUGCGACGCCAGUGAUCGGUUCGAGAUCAUGGAACGCGAUCCGCCGACACCGACUUUGGUCAUGCUCGAGUCGAGGGCGAUCGAGAUUGUUGGCGACGAUUGGCAAAAGGCGAUCGAUCGCAAUCUCUUGGACAACUUGGGCAAGUACCGCAAGUAUGAUGGCAAAUCCGUCAGGGAUCUUUUGAGGGUGCUCAGGAAUAAGGUGGGGUCCCGCGGGCUGAUUCGAUCCCGGCGGCGUUCACUGAUGCUGAACAUACGCCACCCCUCACAGAAGCACCACUAUCAGGAUUUACCUGAUUCUGUCCGACGGAACCUUGGCGAACUGCCUGGCGGAUUCCUAUCCUACUUUACCCUGCGGUUCCCGCACCUGCUGCUGCAUGUCUACGACACAGUCGCGACCCACCUCCAUGACGAGCCGAUGUUUACUUCCACUUUCAGUAUUCCGGAUGAGGAGCAGUGA